AUCCGCGCCGCAGCCCUGGUUUUCGGCGGCUGCUUCCCUGGCGGCAAAGCAAGCCCGCUGCGGCUGGCUACGGGAACUUUUGGGGGACAAAAAUCUUCCCCUCCCCAUUGGGCUCUGUUUUGUACUGCUCCGUUCUGUGGGAAAACCUGGGGCGGCAAGUAUUAGUGACUCCAUUGCGCUUUACCCGGGAGGUUGGAGGAGCCGAGCUCGGCGGAGUCCGGCUGAUUGAGGCCUGGGCUUGGGAGCCGCUGCCGCUGCCCGGAUGUUGCGAUGGCUCAUCGGGGGAGGCCGAGAACCCCAGGGACUGGCGGAGAAAUCUCCUUUACAGACAAUAGGUGAAGAACAAACGCAGAACCCCUAUACUGAACUGAUUGUGCUGAAAGCGCAUCAUGAUAUUGUACGAUUUUUGGUGCAGUUAGAUGACUACAGAUUUGCAUCUGCUGGAGAUGAUGGAAUUGUAGUUGUGUGGAAUGCCCAGACAGGAGAAAAACUUUUGGAACUCAGUGGACACACUCAAAAGAUAACAGCUAUCAUUACAUUUCCUUCCUUGGAAGCUUGUGAAGAAAAAAACCAACUAAUCUUGACAGCCUCUGCUGAUAGAACAGUUAUUGUAUGGGAUUGUGAUACUGGUAGACAAGUUCAGCAAGUGUCAUCCUUCCAGUCCACUGUAAAGGUUUUAACUGUUCUUCAGAGACUGGACGUUUGGCUGUCUGGUGGGAAUGAUCUAUGUGUGUGGAACCGAAAAUUAGAUCUUCUGUGUAAGACUUGUCACCUUUCAGAUACAGGGGUCAGUGCUUUGAUUGAAAUACCGAAGAACUGUGUUGUGGCUGCGGUUGGCAAAGAACUGAUAAUUUUCAGGUUAAUAGAACCCACAGAAGGAUCACUAGCGUGGGAUAUCUUUGAAGUUAAGCGUCUCCUUGAUCACCAGGAUAAUAUUCUCUCAUUGGCUAAUGUCAAUGAUUUGCAUUUUGUAACUGGCUCUCAUGUUGGAGAGCUGAUUGUCUGGGAUGUCCUGGACUGGACCGUGCAGGCUUGUGAACGCAACUUCUGGGACCCAUCUCCACAGCUGGACACCCAGCAAGAAAUAAAACUCUGUCAAAAAUCAAAUGACAUUUCUAUUCAUCAUUUCACAUGGGAUGAAGAGAACAUAUUUGCUGCAGUUGGAAGGGGUUUAUACGUGUAUAACCUUCAAAUGAAGCGUGUGAUUGCCUCCCAGAAAACUGCACAUGACUCCAAUGUCCUACACAUUGCCAUACUACCAAACAGGCAGUUAAUCUCAUGCUCAGAAGAUGGCAGUGUACGCAUUUGGGAGUUACGAGAAAAACAGCAGCUUACAGCCGAACCUGUACCAACAGGUUUUUUUAAUAUGUGGGGAUUUGGAAGAGUGAGCAAACAAGCCAGUCAGCCUGUUAAAAAACAAGAAAGUGUCACCUCAAGCUCACUGGAGCUUAUUGGAGAUUUGAUUGGACACUCAUCUUCUGUGGAGAUGUUUCUAUACUUUGAAGACCAUGGGCUAGUGACAUGCUCUGCCGAUCAUCUCAUCAUUUUGUGGAAAAAUGGAGAACGAGAAUCUGGAUUGCGCAGUUUAAGAUUAUUUCAAAAAUUAGAGGAGAAUGGCAACUUGUAUCUUGCUGUCUAGUUUAAGGAAUUAGAUACUUGUGCAUGAAUCUUGACCAUCAAAUGCAUGAAUCUUGACCAUCAAAUAUACUGGGAGCUUCCACAGCUACGUACAAAGACUGGAAGAGCUAAAGUCAUCUUGGCUAGACCAUUGCCAUAAUGUUAUAACUGAGGCCCAGUUCAGAUUCAGUGGAUUCCCACAGACCUGACAAGACUUAUUCUUUGCUAAUUCAGAUGCUUGUGGAAUAAAUUAAAACACCAGAGAAAUGGGUAAAGCAGAUUUAAAUAACUGCAGUUAAUGGCAGAAGGGAUACAGUGUCACCAAUUUAAAAAACCUCUUCCACUCACAGAGCAUCUACCGUGCACCAGACAUUGUGCUGCUGUGUACUUUAUAGUAAUCGUAGUAAGAAGUCAUCACAGUUCUGAAAGCCUCACAGUACUAUGUCCAUUUUACUGAAGAGGAGAUUUAAAUUUGGAGAGAUGACAUAAAUAACUAAUAAAUGAUGGAAUCUUUGCUUUCCCAGGCUUCAGUUUAUCGG